AUGCAGAACCUGCAGAACGCCCCUGGUGUUUUCAACAGCGUUCGGCUGUACACGAACAUUCAAGCCCAUACGACGUCCGAUGUCCUCUCUGCGAUCCCUGCUGCACUCAAGACCAACACGUCGAUCCUUCUCGGCUUGUGGACCAGUGGCAGCAACAACAUAACCAACGAGCUCGAUGCCCUUGGAAAAGCAAUCGAUCAAUAUGGCCCCGACUUCGCAAAUGCCGUAGUAGCCAUCUCGGUCGGUAGCGAGGAUCUCUACCGCUUGUCCGACAUUGGUAUCAGACAGAAUGCUGGCAUUGGCGCUGGACCGGACGCAAUUGUUCAAUUCAUCAACGAGACCCGGAGGUUCAUCGAAGGUACCUCAUUGGAAGGCAAGCCUGUCGGUCACGUCGACACUUGGCGCUCGUGGGUGAAUGAGUCCAACUCGGCCGUCAUCGAAGCAGUCGACUUCAUCGGCGUGGACAUUUACCCGUUCUUCGAGAACGACACCACCAUCGCCCCUAACUUUUACGUCAACACUUUUGACAACGCCGUUCCCAUCUUCCGAGACCGAUGGGAACAGGUUGUGAAUGCUUCACAAGGCAAGGAUGUCUGGAUCACUGAGACCGGUUGGCCUUUCAAGUCCGAGGGUCCGGCAUGGGGAGAAUCGCAGGCUUCUGUGGACUUCCAGGCAGAGUACUGGCGUGGAGUUGGCUGCGGAGAUCUGUUUGGCAGAGUCAACACGUGGUGGUACACAUUGCGGGACGCAAACCCUGAGAGCAAACAGAAGUUCGCUAUCACGAAUGAGGACCUCUCCACGGAGGCUUCGUUCAACCUAAGUUGCAGUGCGGUCGGCACUGGCAGGCAAAACGCUGCCAGAAGUGCAGGUGGAUUGUCUUUGAGAGAACGGGUCCAAGAUAUAGGCCGAUGGACUUUUGCGAUCUUGCUAGGCGUAGCGGUGCUUUAA